UUGUGCAAUGAUGGGUCUGCAGGCGACGGCAGGAAAACGCAAAUUAGAGGGUGGUGUCGGCUGCAUGGAAUUCCACAUGGACUUAGGCGAGAGUCCAUCGAAACUCGGACGCGUGGACGGUAGCUGGUGGGCGAUGGACGACAGUUACGGGCCGCCCCUGAACCAGACGUCGACGUCGUAUUACGAGAUGGAAGUGAGCUCGCCCUGCCUACAGACGACGAACCCGUGCCAGCCCUCGGCGACGAGUUCCUCGCAGUCGCAGCAGCAACAGCAACCGCAACAAUCUCAGCAACAUCCGUCGCAGCACCAUUCAUCUUCCCAAUCACCGCAACAGGCACAACAGCAGCAGCAGCAAUCGCAGCAGCAGCAGCAGCAGCAGCAACAACAACAAAUUUCACAGUCUCCCCACCAAUCGCACCACCAACAACAGCAUGACGCACACCACCACUAUCAUCAACAGCAGCCGCCGCAACACCAACAGGCACAACAGUAUGUUCAACUUGGGGCGAGAGAGGUCCCGAUUCCCGAGGGAGGGGAUAACCGGCAUCCGACGGAGGCCUCCAUCGCGCCGGAGGGACGCCGCACCGACAGUCACAUGCCUCACUCCACGAUGCAUCGUUACGGCACCGAGACACUCUCACCAACCACGACGGAUCAGCAUCAUCAUCAGCAACAGCAGCAUCAUCACCAUUUAUCCGAGGUACAUCAGCAUACCGCUCUAUCAUCCGUUGCCCACCGUCAUCUCGAGGAUCCGCAGCAACAUCAUCAAGAAACUGACGAGGACGUGGAUCGAGGGGUGAGCAGCAUCACCGCAGCCAUGAGAGGUGCACGGGGUGAUUAUUUAGGUGUACUCUUCCCGAAUCUCACUUCGUCGAGCACUACGUCUAGCAACAGUGGCAGCAAUCAUCAUCAUCAUCAUACAUCACAUCACUUGGAAGAUGUAUUGUCCGAGGAGCCUUAUCUGCAACAUCAGAUCCGCGCCGGUGGAGCUGCCCCGACCGGUGGCGGUUCUCCAUCGGUGAGGACCGUCGGUGGCUCUCCGACUUCCAGCCAUAGUCCACACGACGAUCAGGGUCUGUCAUCGCCGCAUCGCCAAGCCCAGGAGACCGGUUACAGUCCCACUGAUCAGGGCAGAUUGCAAUCUUUUACGCAUCUUACGGCUAUGCAACCACCGUCGGUGCAGAACAAUCACGGAUUGCAGGAAGCCGAGCGCGUGUCCGAUCAGCUAUAUAUUGACUCGAUCUACACACAUCACGCCUCCGGUACUCCCCAUCAUCAUCAGGAUCAACACGAUCAAGGCCCCUCCGCGCCGCAUUCGCCCAGCGGCCCGCUCUCCAGGUUAGUAAUCCUUGUUAUCGUUAUCUCGUUGCGUGCAAUGACGCGGAUGAAUGUGCGAAAUGUGAACGGAGUUGACUUUAAAGCUGUCAUAAUUUCUAUUAUUGGCGAAACUACAUUUUUCUUGUUUCUUCAUCCUCGAUUUAAAAAAUCUUAAAAGUAUCGUAAAAGUGAAAUUGUUUUAGUGCUAAGAAUAAACCAGUGAAUAAAC